CGCAUUACAAUUUUCAGCGGUAUUACCCAACUCGCGUGAAAUUUGAACAUGGCUUCGGCGCUGGAGUCAGAUAGUGAAGACGAUGAAGUUUUACGUCCUGCAUUUACUACAAAAACAUUUACUGUUACCAAAGAAAUGGUAGAUAAUGUGUUGGCUGUUUGUCCUGAUGUUAGUCGAGAAGUCGUAUGUUCAGAUUUGUAUUAUACAAAUAGUAUCASUACUACGAUCAACAGAAUUCUGGACGGCCGAGUUCAGGUUUCUGMAGGGGCAAAUGCACUGCCUAGAAGCUCUACAUGCUUUACUGCAAAUACAUCAGAAGCAGCUGUGACUGAGCAAGCUUCAUCAGUAAAUGUUGUAUGUUUGAGUGACACAGACGUAGAUUCAGAUGUAGAGGAUAAUCAAGAUAGAGACCAAGAUCAAAUGGAAGUUGACAAUAUAGCUGUAAUAGAGACUAUUAGUGACACAGCCCAUAAAAAACAAUCAAGUCCUUUGACUACCUUAAAGAAGAAAAAAGAUAUUUGCCACACAAGUGAAAUAAUUGACUUGAGUUUUGAUGACAAUGUUGAGGACAACAUGACAGUUUCAAAUGUUGGGAAUUUAGGUGCACAUGUGAAUGAUAUUAGUGAACAAAGAAAAUUGCUUAAAGACUACAGGUCUCAAAAAAGAUCUUCAUGUCCUUCCUCUGAAAGMCCYAUUCCAAUUGAUGAUGAUGAUWUCAUUGUUGAAACAUGUGAGACAAGAGUAACAGAUAUUUCAUCAUCAGAUUCUGAUUCUGAUAGCUUACCAUCAAUACUUCCAUCACUAAAUGGAGAUAGCUUAUCAAACACUGACUCCCAAGACAUGCUAUUAAACAGUGAAGACAGUCAAACAGUUGUACCAAAGAAAAAGACAAAAUAUACAUCUGAGGAAGUUCAAAAGAGAAAAGAAGAAGCUAGGUUGGUGGAUGAUGCUCUCCUUACUACAAAGGAAUCAAAGAAUGAUGAUUGUGUCAGUCCAAUAUUGGAUAAACUAGCAACCCUUGGAGUUUCUUACGUCAUUGAAAGUCAUCCAAUACCUGGUAGUAUCACGUGGAGGAGAGCAUCUGUCAUGCAUUCUGUUGAUGAAGACCUUCAGAUUACAAAAGAAAGGACUGUAUCAGAUGAAAACCAUGUGAUCGUGCGGGUAAUAUCUGAUUCUUUUGUUGCAAUGGUAGACACAUUUAAAAAGACGAGAAACGGUUACAGUGGAUCUGAUGAACAAUCCUUUGAAAAGUUUGGACGUACUCUCACUAGCACAUACAAGAAUAAAAAUAUAACGCUACUUGUAAUUGGACUCGAAAAGUAUUUCAGAGGCAUCAAAUCCAAAACAGCUCGAGAUUAUCGAAACGCAGUUCGCGGAGAAGCAGAACAGCCAAACAGCAAGAAACUGCCCGCAUCAGAGUUGGUAGUUUCCCAAAUAGACGUGGAAGAAUUUCUUGUCUUUGUGGAGUUGACCACUGAAUUCAAGAUAACUUUUUGUGAGACAAUGCAAGACUUGGCUGAUAUUAUUACCAUGGUUACUAAAGCAGUUGCCGAAGCGCCUUUCAAGAAAAGUCARCCUGAUUCCUUCAGCUUUUGUACAGAUUCAAGAACAGCUUCAGUAAAGGUUUCAAAGGACGGCCAGGGUCUCGUCAAGCUUUGGCAACAACAGCUUCAACAGUUUCAUAAUGUGUCAGCUAACAUGGCCGCCGCUAUUGUUUCUGUAUACCCCUCGCCAUUGCUUCUGAUGAAGGCCUAUAAAGACUGCCCUAAUGAACACAGUGCAGCUCUUUUGCUCAAGGAUAUUUUGGUGAGGAGAGGURCSGGUGUACUGGCUACAUCAAGGCGUAUUGGGCCUGAGCUAUCGCGCCAAGUAUAUUUGUUGUUUAAUUCGACUGAUGGAGAUGCUCUCACCAAAUAGGACGCCAAGACAUUCACAGCCGGCUGCGUUAAGUCCACGAAUGGUGGUUGCUGGGCAACUCUCUUUCCUCUGAUGUGGUAGUACGCAGGCGCAGUAAGAUCAACAUUUGGUGGAAACUGUCUCUUUCCCCUAAUAUGGUAAAAGGCUGGCUGYGUCAAGUCCACUGCGAAUGGCGGUUGCUUKGCUACACGUUUUCCCCUAAUAUGGUARAAGGCYGGUUGGGUUAAGUCCACGAAUGGUGGUUGCCUUGCAACACGUUUUCCCCUAAUAUGGUAAAAGGCUGGUUGSGUUAAGUCCACGAAUGGUGGUUGUUCCUUGGCAUCUUUCUUUUCUUCUGUUGCUAUGACGAUGGAUAGCAUCAYAGCUAAACUUAAGAGCGAUAAGACGUUUUUCAUGGUGAGCCUGUAAAAGAUUUAAGAUGAAGCAAUUCGUCCAAGAAUGAGCAUUUUUAAUACUAAUCUUUUAAUGAAAUUGUUGCUCAAUAAAGCAAUGACAGCUAUUAUUGUAGUGAAUUAUGACCAUAUUUUCUGUUAUCACUUUAAAUCAGACUGUCAAGUUGUUGAUAUCGGAGCAGUAUACUGCAUAGUGUUGUAGUAGACAACAUCUACAGGAACCCAAGUUUAUGUAUGACGUAUAUAUAUUCUGUUUUAUGAAARUAAGCCAAGGGUUAUUUUUUCACUUUCACUUGAUUAUGAACUUGUAUUCUACUCUGAUCGGUGUGCAAUUCAGUGUGCAGUAUCCAACAUUUUUCUGAAAUAGCGAUAUAUCUGAUAAGUAUGUUUCUAAAUGUAACGCUUUUCUUUGAUUCCUUUUUGGCGGCAUUUCUAUCUACCUCGGUACGCCUCGAGGACAAAUGGCAUCCUUUUAAAAAUGUUUUUCUUUUCUUGGGAUUAGAAUCAAGACGACURAAAUUAACAACAAAACUGAGAUUUCUGUAUAGAUUGGUUAAAAUUGUAAUUCAAUUUCUUAUAUGGAGAAACUGUGCCUUGCUGUGAUUUCAAUUAKUWCAUUAAAAUAUACCACUUUUAUUCUA